AUGGAACACGAUACGUACAAUCCGUACACCGUUUGCCAACGUUACCCGUCUCAAUGGUGGAUUUGGGCACCGAAUGCACCGUCCAUCGAUGCGAUUCCGAGAAACGAGAACGUGUUCAACAACACGACUAUGCUGACCGUAUCUCAUGACGCUGUCAACUGCCAAAGUGUUAUGCCAUCGUCCUCCAUCAUCACUCUCCAAGAACGUUACGUCGUUCCGGAAGUCAUUCCAUUCGGAAGUUCAUCUGAAGUCGACACCCGCUCGGCUGGGAAUCCAUACGCCCAUCAUCCCAACUUCACCACUCCAUCUGAAUAUUUCGAUCAUAUCACUGAUUCUGCGGAGGCGCCAAGAGAUGUGUUGACUGCGAUGGAUAUCAAGGGUUUGGAGGAUCCAUUUGUAGGAGGAGAGGCUGUGCCGAAGGUUCAUAUUCAUCCGCCAAAUGAUGUGACCAUCAACAAGACCGCCUUCACCUCUGAAUCCAUUGCCCACAUCAACUCCCUCGACGUCUCCUUCCCGACGAGAGCAUCUGCUCCAGCUCAAUCCCAAGUGACUCGUACCAAUGCAACUCUCAACAAGAAGAUGCUAAGCCCCGAAUCAAUGUACGAAUUGGAGAAGAUUGACGGAGACUUCCAGAAGCCAUCGGCCAUCAACAUGCACGUUUUCCGUGAAUUCUCUCCACAAACUCUGGCGGAUCUUCGUGAAAUUCGCAACAUCUCUCAGUACACUGACUUCCCGAGAUCAUCGAAAGACGUUGACACUUGCCUUGGAAUCUCUCCGACGAUUUCUGAGAAGGCGUGGUUUGAACGGACUGAAAGUAUGGGAUACGCUGGAAUGUGA